AUGGCGAUUCUCCCAUCUGCCUUAUCUGCUUCCUGCCCUGCUCCCUCUCCGAAGACGUGUGCCUGCCCUGCGGACACCGGGAGUGGCACCACCACUGCAUCUACAACUGGCUGGAGAGACAGUCCUCCUGCCCGCUCUGCCGCGCCCCUGCUUCUUCCAGCUCCGAGGGUUUGGAAGACGCUCUGCAUGCCCUGGCGUCACCUUCCCCAUUGGACUGCGAGCACGUGGUGCCGCUGCUCCGCCUUCUCUCCUUCCCUGAGGUGCUUUCGUUUCUCAUAUGGUUUAUGGUUUCGGGUUUAG